AUGGCUGGUGUAAAUCAAAGGAGCGAGGAUUCAAAGCUGAUGUCUGAAACAAUUGAGAAGCUUCCAGUAAGUGCUUCAAGGAAAGGAAAAGGGAAGAGAUUAUGGAAGAAAGUUAAGUAUCAGCUUGUAGAGUACCAUUGUUUGCCUGGAUAUUUAAGGGACAAUGAGUUCAUUUUGGGCCAUUACCGUUCUGAAUGGCCUUUAAAGCAGGUUCUGCUCAGUGUUUUCACUAUCCACAAUGAGACAUUGAAUGUUUGGACGCAUUUGAUUGGGUUCUUCCUUUUCCUUUGUUUGACCAUAUACACUGCAAUUGAGGUUCCAAAGGUUGUUGAUCUUCAUUCUUUACAACUUCCAGAGGUGUUGAAAGCCGAUUUGCACAAAUUGCAAGAAUGCCUCCCCUCUUUACCCAACAUGCAUGAUCUGCACAAACUUAGGGAGGAGUUGAAGAGUACAUUGCCUUCAAUUGAUUUGCUUCCAUCGCUCUCAGGAUGGCAUGUUAUGGACCUUCUAUACAAUUGUUUGCCUGACCGGUUCUCCCAUGGCAACCAGUCUGAUGUUUGUGUUCUGCGUAGCAUGAAGGCGGAAAUUGCUAACCUUAUUGCACCCCUGAUGAUGAGGCCAAUCACACGUUGGCCAUUCUUUGCUUUCAUGGGUGGGGCCAUGUUUUGCUUGCUAGCUAGCAGCACGUGCCAUCUUCUCUCCUGCCACUCCGAGCGCCUAUCAUACAUCAUGCUUAGGCUCGACUAUGCCGGAAUUGCAGCCCUUAUUUCUACCUCCUUUUACCCUCCUGUGUAUUACUCCUUUAUGUGCAAUCCUUUUUUCUGCAACCUGUAUAUGGGAUUCAUAACUGUCUUGGGAGUUGCUACAAUUUUGGUUUCACUCCUGCCAGUGUUUCAAAACCCUGAAUUUCGUACUAUUCGUGCAUCCCUCUUCCUUGGCAUGGGUUUAUCUGGGAUAGGACCUAUUCUGCACAAGCUUAUCUUGUUCUGGGAUCAGCCUGAAGCCCUUCACACGACUGGCUAUGAGGUUCUGAUGGGGAUUUUCUACGGACUCGGAGCACUUGUUUAUGCCACAAGGAUUCCAGAAAGAUGGAUGCCUGGGAAAUUUGACAUUGCAGGGCAUAGCCACCAACUUUUCCAUGUAUUGGUAGUGGCCGGAGCUUAUACUCACUAUCACGCAGGGUUGGUUUACCUCAAGUGGCGAGACCUGGAAGGAUGUUGA